CAUACUGUCACAGCUACCAUAGCCAUUUUGAGAAAUCGUCAGCUUGUUGAUAUGGAUGUAAAUGGAUUGUUAAUCGAUUUGCAUUAAAAUCGCAUUCGCAUCAUACUGUACAAGUAAAAGACACGAAAGUGCAGAAAAUCAGUCAUCGAAAAGGUCGUGUGCAGUGAAAGAACAGGCUGCAAUCAGGCUUAUCUUCUGGUUCCUGAGUCACUUCAGCCCUCGCGUGCUGAUAAAGUAGAAUUCGGAAGAGGAGCUGAUCUGUUGAGUUUCUUGCAGGAGUUGCGACACCUAUUGAAGUCGUAAGCAGUUUUUUUCUUGAUGUAUUCUGUCCGCACGGCUCAUCAUGUCUCUUCUAGUGCUUGGUAUGCUGAGCCUUCUGGCGAGAAUGGCGGAAGCAGCUCCUUCUCCUGAAGACACUGUGGUGAGCAUGGUCAGAGAGAAGGAUCCUUUUUGUUCAGCAGAGGUGAUAACUCAACUGGCGAAGAAGAUCGAGGAACUGCAGGUGAAGAGAGACAGGCCAUACGUUUUCCCAAUCAUAUGGGAGCAGGAUAGGGGGCUAUACCCAAGCGAGGUCAGGGUGAACUUUGUGGGCUCCCCUGUCAUGUCAACGGCUCGGGACCUGCUGUCCGUUUUCGACAACAACAUGUUUGCCUCGGCUUGGAUCACAAUCGCCCUGCUGGAGGGCCACCACUACGCCAGCGCUCCGCGACCCGGGGACCAACAACUGGCGCUCACCUUAGACGCCAUCGCCGAGUAUCAUGACAAGAAUCGCAACUACUCCAACUCUGUCAUGACUUUCUGGCCGCAAGCGUUCAAUGAUACUUUCCAAAAUUGGCAGAGCAUGCCAGAAAAUCUGCUCAAGGCCUUCGGGCUCUUCGACGUGGUGCCAGCAAAGGUGGUGGAAGAGAUUAUGAAGCUGUUGGGUCUGGAAAGCCUCGAGCAUUUUAUGGAGUCCAUUCUUUCCAUGGAGGAUUCUUUCAAGCGCGCCUUUCACAUCCCACCUGACUUCGACGACACUUUCGUCAACAUCGGCCUGGGAGCCCUGCUGACGGAAUUGGCUUCAGACUUUCCUGACGCAGCGUCACGAUGGCGUUCCGGUAACUCCAACCUGUCGUCAGCACUAGAAGCUUUACGCCAGUAUGCCUACCGGCCAUUUUCCAACGACUCUAACGUCAACUCCAUCGAUCCCCGCACCUACUACUACAUACGCCAUUUCCUGUCUGAAGCCCACGGGCGAGGGGAAGACAUCGCCUUGGUGCCGACAUGGGUGCAGAACCUCCAAGACGCGAAGGAUGGAUAUAAGCGUGGCGUGGCAAUGCCUUUUGAGAUCAACAACGUUGACGUUACAGUUUCUGCCAACGUUGUCAACGGACUCACUACUGCAGUUCUGAGUGGCCUUCUGCCGGCAGACUCGCUGGAUGAACCUCUCCUGAAGCAAGUCUACGUCAACACGACAGCCAUGAUCGUCGCUCAGAUCUCUGACCACCUGCAGGAGCGACCGGACCUUGAGCUGACCUACUAUCCCUCCGCAUUCGAGUUCUACUGGUUUGUCGCCCGCACUCUCUCCGUCAUGGAGACGGCUAUGCUUAACAGGACAUUGCCUCCCGCGAUGCAGGAGGUGUACCCGCUGCUGAAGGCUGCGCUGGAGACCAGCAUGACACAGGACGUCAUCGCCAAGGCUCAGCAGGAAGGGGAGGAAAUGAUCUUCUUUGACGACUUCCUGGGCGACGGAGAUGUGGAUAGUCAUAACAGAAGCGUGGUCCACGCCGAAGACCGCCUCUUCACUACCGCCAUGGCCAUCAACGCUUUGGUGACGACAUGGACGACAUUCGACGCCGCCAAAAGAACCGUUAGUUGGAAACAAUAUGUCACAGCAGAGGUGCAGGACGUGGUGCACAAGUCUGCUCGAUGGCUGAACGCCAACAUCCUGAAGGGUACCUAUAAACCCAACAAUGUGUUCUUCUCUGGCUCUUUCAAGGGCAAUUCAACGAUUCCCUUCUUCUACCCAUGUAACCGCGUCGAAUACCUGAACGGUACCCGGAUAGACCCGCGACAACAGUCCCUCCCGACACCCCCGUUCAUCUGCAGCAUGCAGGGCCUGGUGCCAGAGACCGAUUACCAGGCGAUGAUCGACCAGAAACACUUUGGCUUCAACACACCUACUCACUUCACCACCUUCAACGACCCCAACAGCUACUUUCCCUUCUGGUCCUCGCCCGCCUACACCUACGCUACAUCCAUGCUGGCUUUGGCGCGCGCUGGCCUUGUCGCCUGCUAGUGACGUCAUGUGGCACGUGCCUGUGGACAGUCUUGUGACCAAGAACUGAUCAGGUCAUAAACUGAUGUCUGACAGACGUCGUGCCUUUAUCAUUCUUCCAGCCUCAGGAAUUUCCCAUCGCCUCGUUCUUAAGAAAACCAAUGUUCUAUAUAUAAUAUAUUGGAAUACUUUAAGUGAGAAAGUAAAUAUAUGUAUGAUCUAUUUUAAUAAAAUAUCCUUUGUCAGAAACAUU